ACAUUAUCUCAAAGGAUUCCUUUUAAAACAACACAGCCACCAUAAAAAUCUCUAUUCGCAGCACUUAUGACAAAUUCCCUUCACAGUAUUUAUUGCAAAAAAAAGUAACUCUCAAGUAGAAGUUUUGAUAAAUUGAAAAAUCAAGAACAGAACAAAAGGAAACCAAAUUGAAAAGAAAGAUCAACUAAAGUCGUAAAAAAAACUACAAAAGAAGAUAACAAAAGGGGGUUUCGGAUGCAAGAUCCGAACCCCCUAGGGUUCAUACCCUUUGGAUUGAGCUCUGAUUUUUACUCUUGAUUGGUGGUGGUGAAGUUCUUCGCAGCCCUCCCUCAAUUUAUAGGUGCUCUUCGUCUCUUCCAUCUUCGAUUAGGACUUCCUUGUGCGCUGCAAUUCUUGCUGCGGAUUCUCCGGCUCCAGUUGCGUUGAAGAGCCGAACAACAGUAGGAGCGGGAGUCUCUUCUUUUUACGCAGCUUCUCUCCAAUUUCUCUUCUCUUGUGUGUAUUGGUGGUGGACCUUUGGGCUUUAUCAUAUUGGGCCCGGAUUGCUUUUACAUUUUCAGCCCGCACUUAAUGCUCCAAAAAUAUAUCUAAUAACCUUUGUCAAAGAGAAUUUGGGUCCACAACAAUAAUAUUCAAAAAUAAACUGAAAAGUGUGCAUUAUGAACAUAUUUUAAGAACUAUGUCUAGAAUGCAAAUAUGAUCAUUUAAGUGUAAAAAUGCACUUUUUAAUGCCCGAAAAUACUGAUUUGAUAGAGAAUAUUGAGUGAACAUUUUGGACUCAACAGCUGCCAAAACACUGCCAGGGCUGCCUCGCCCUUACCCAAUCACCAGAAUAGCAUCCCGCCAAGUACUAGGAGUGUCCGAAACCAAGACUGUUUCUGUCCGGACCAAAUUCGCUGCCCGAACCCGUCGGGAUUGUCAACAACGUUGUUUUGAAUAGUUGGAGUUGACCUCCAAUUGUCAACCCAUGGUUGCCGCUAAUUUCGCCAGGUGGUUUGGUUUUGUCGCUGGGGUCACCAGAAGAGAUGGGAGUCGCCGUUGCUACCCACGUCACCUGAAAAUUUUGCAGUCUCCGGAAUGGAGAUGUUCUGCCCUAGUCUGGCCGUGCCGCCCAAAGGUCACCCUGCCGGAGAGAGUGGAGCUGGUGCUUCUCGUCACCGAUUGCAGACCGCCGUCGUCGACGUAUUUGUUUUCAUCGCCAAUCCCGCAGCUUCAAUAGUUGUGACACAGGGGGUCGCCGAAACAUAUGGGGGUCGCCAACCUUGCCGCCGUCUGAACUUGUCGCCGGAAAUAUGCUCGCUGAUCGUCGCUGCUCGUGGUCGUCCUAUCGAGCACCGUCGGUGAUAGAAGGAGAAGGAAAUUGGUGUUGCAAAUGGGAGCAGAAGAUACUGCGCUGAGGCGCUGCGGCGCUGGUGCGAGAAUUUGUUUAUAUGUAUAUAUACUAGGGCCGAUACUAGGGUUUUGUACUACUACCACCGUACCGUGAAACAUUUCCCCUUUCUUUUUUUAUCCGUCCCACAAAACACUUCUCAUUUCUAUUAAAAAGUCACUUUUAUC